UUUAUACAAAUGUCUUUAUUAUUUUUAGUUCAGUAUAAAUAUAAAAAUUACCAUUUAUUAUUGAAACGGAACGUAUUUGAGGAAUAUCGUUAGCUUGUGUCUAAUAAUUGCUUAAUACCAUGCAAUUACGUAUUUUGUAGCAAAAGUUGAGCAUACUAUUGUAUUUAUUACAUGACUGAAUAUACAUACAUAUAUACAUGACGGUACUGCACACACCGGCUCGUUGAUCUGUUGUGCAUGAAGUUUUGGGAACUAAGUGAACUUUUUGUGAUUUUAGUAUAGUUCAUUUUACUUGUUGCAAGUUUGAACUAUAAAAAAAUGUUGACUCGUAACAUAUUACCAAAACAGUCGGUAUUGCGAUUUAAAAACAGAAAUGGUUAUCCAAGAAGAUAUUCCCACAGUGCACCCGAAUCUGCUAUACAAGAAAUAUAUAACCUCGAGAAGAAAUUACCAGCACUAUUAGCAAAGAAACCACGAAGAGAACCUUUUGUUAAGAAUUUCUUUAUUGGAAAAUUCGACACAGAGUUUCUUGUUUAUCCAGAGGCACAUUCAAAUGACAGAAACAGAGAAUUUAAUUCAUGGCUUAAGCCCAUAGAGGAGUACGUUAAGAAGAAUAUUAAUGGAAGAGAAAUUGAUGAGAAAGGAGCUUUUCCUGAGGAUCUCAGAAAACGUUUUCAGGAUUUUGGCAUAAGCCGAGCCAGAAUCGAUGAAUUGUAUAAUGGAAUUAAUUUAACAAGUACUGAAUUUGUUAAAUUAGUUGAAACAGUCAGUCUGGUACCAUCUCUUGGUUCUUACCUUUUGAAGCAGGUAGUAAUGCCUGUGGAACUAUUAACGAGAUAUGGAUCAGUAGAACAAAAGUUGGAGUACUUGCCAAAGAUAGCAUCUGGAGAAAUUAUACCUGCUAUAGCAAUUACAGAGGCAUCUAGCGGACCCAAUGCUACAAAAUUAAAUACAAUAGCAUCAUAUUCAGUUUGUGGUGAAUAUCUAUAUAUAAACGGGGAAAAGACUUUUGUAUCGAAUGGUCCAGAUGCAGACUUCUUUAUUGUAUUUGCAAAUUGUACUCAGCAUGCAGAUACCUAUAAAACAGAUAACUCUCUCACUGCAAUACUUGUUGAGCGUGAUCAUGGGGGUAUAACUUCAAGUAAACCAAUUGAAACUUUAGGACAACGUGGUUUAAAGACAUCCACAAUUACAUUUAAGGACACAAAAGUCCCUGUUAAGAAUAUACUUGGUAAUCUGGGUCAAGGACCUGAAAUAUUAAAAAAUAUGUUCAAUAUAGAAAGAUAUAACAUUGGUGGACAAGCUAUAGCAAUUCUAAAGAAUUUCUUAAAUAUAUUAACAGUACAUGUACUACGCAGGAAACAUUUUAACAGAAUGUUAUAUCAGUACCAGAGCACACAAAAAAUCUUAGCGGAUAUAACUAUGUCAUUAUAUGCCAUGGAAAGUAUCACAUAUUUGACAACAGGAAUGGCAGACAUAUAUGAUGACCAAGAUAUAAUAGUAGAAAGUACAAUAGUGGAAUCGUACUGCACGAAUGAAUGUGUGAAGAAUAUCUACAAAGCGAUGCAAUUAAUUGGAGCCCAAAGUUAUUUAAAAGAAAAUCCUUUCGAACGUAUAUAUAGAGAUGCAUUGGGUAUGAAUUUAUUUGACUGUAGUAACAUCGAUACAAGUAUCUACACAGCACUGUUAGGACUUCAGCACGCGGGAAUUGAACUCUACCCAACAAUCAUGAAGGAGAGAAAUCCUGCAGAGAAUCCUGCCUAUACCCUCAAGAAUCUUUUUUUCUCACCAAAGAAGGAAAAGUUGAAGAUACACGAAUAUUUGCACCCAAGUCUUUCGCCAUCAGCAGAUGUAUUGGAGUUUUGUAUAAACCAAGUAAAAACAUCUGCCAAACUACUACUUAAUCGUUAUGGAACCGAAGUCUCUGAAAAACAGAUGGAUCUUCUCAGACUAAAUGAAAUGGCAACACUUUCUUACGUCGUCUCUGCAGUUCUAGGACGUGCCUCAAGAGCAUAUUGUACAGGCAUUAAAAAUAGCGAACAAGAUAUGCGUUUAUCAAUGGUGCUGACUGUCAAAAUCGGUGAUAGAGUAAAGUUCAUCGCUCAGGAAAUUGAAGCUGGAGAGUUGGUAAACGGUGAUUACGUCAGAGCAGAAUUAGCUGAAUUAACAGUUAAAAAUCAGGGAUAUAUUAUUGAUCAUCCUUUGGUCAUGAACGUUUAGUUAAAAUAUUUAUUCCUGUGAGAACAAAUCAUUUCAUCAACAGAAAUAAUAAUAAUUAAACAGUUGUGUACUAUUGACUUUGUUCAGGAUUUUCAUCGGAACUGAUAAAAGUAAUGAAAAAGACUUUUGAAUGGUAAGAAUAGAUCAUUUCUGUAAACAAAUGAAACAACGAAAAACAAAAGAAAAAGCGUAAUACUAUGAGCUGCUGAAUUUCUUAUUUAUGUUUGAGUACCACAACUAAUUUUCAUUUGUAAAGGUACCAUAUGUUCUAUACAUAAGAUUGUAAUUAAUGUAGUAUACAGAUGCAGUGAAUAAGGAGUAAUAAAUUUUGUGAUUAUUGA